AUUUGAGAGCAUCUUUGCUCCCUCCUUUCGUUUUUCUCUCUACUUUUAUUUUGUAUUGAAGAAAAACGAUGAUACAAAAUUCACAAAAAUAGAUUAUUUCCAAUAAUCAAAGAAAAUUAAUAAAUAAAUUAAUCGAAGAAUAAUGGGAAGAGAGGUUCCACCGCAACAGCAGCAGCAGCAGGUGGCGCUCGCAGUGCCAGUGGAGUAGCUGCUCGCUGAGAAUCCGUACAACCCCGACAUCCUUCCCGAUCUCGAAAACUACGUCAACGAGCAAGUUUCUUUGCAAGCCUACAGUCUCGAUGUCAAUCUCUACCAUCUUCGCCUCUAUCAGAUAAUUUGAGAAUUGGGUUUUUAAUUUUAAUUGAUUUUUGUUUUAGAAUUACUGCGAAAGUGAAUUCUUUUUAAUUGGUUUAUGUUUUGCAAUCCAGAAUUUCCUACAAAGAUGAAUGUUUUUUAAUGGGUUUCAAAAAAAAAAAAAAAAAAAAAAAAUGAAUGUUUUUUAAUUGGUUUUUGUUUUGGAUUAUAUAAUUUAUUGCAAAUUCUUUAGUUGGUUUUUGUUUUAGAUUGUAUGAUUUACUGCAAAGCCGAAUUCUUUGUAAUUGGUUUUCGAUUUUCGAUUCUAUAAUUUUGCAAGCACCGAAGAGUUUGCUGAGCAUGAUGAACACUUACAACGUCGGCGGAAGCCCCACAGUCUCUUCACCUCUAGCUGUGGCUUUGCAGUCAUUCAAUCUUUUGGUUCCGUUCCGUCCAACACGUAUCAAACGCAGAAAGGAACAACUGUCCUGUUCUGUCAUGCGUGUACCAAACGGUACCUUUGGACCUGUGAGUCCCCACUCCUUUUCCCUAUUUUGGGAUGUGAUAUCCACACCCUUGAUAAUUUUUGUCCAUUGAUCUUAUUCAAUUCAUUUGAUCCGACGGUCAAAAAUUAAAAAGGUGUGUGAGAAAUAAAAUGAGAUGUGUGGGUAUCACACCCCUUUAUUUUUCUCAAAAAAAAAAAGCUCUCUCUUUCUCUCUCACUCCAAACUCCCUCUCGGCUUUCUCUAUCUUAGCCCCCUCCGAGGGCUUUUCUCACCAACAAACAACACUACAACAACAUCAACAUGUCGAUUAACACCCUAGUGAACUUAGAAACAAAGAAAGAACCCCAAACCCUUCCUUCUCCUUCAGCCGGUACUGUUCAUCGUCUUCCCUGACGAGUUUCAUGUUUUUCCAACGUUGGUAAGCUUCUAAAAACCCUUGGGAUGUGUUUUAGGGUUAGAUGGAAGCUUGUUUUAAGUUGUAUAUACAUUUGAAUCAUAGAAAAUAGCUUGGGGAAGCUUUUCCAAAUUUUCCGAUGAGUACGGCCACUUUCGAAGCGUUUUCCGGCCAAACCAUGGUGAGUUAUCCGUUGUGCAAGUGACCAAUCUCUUCCUCUCGUCGAGUAAUACAACUUUACUUUUUGAAUCACUCGGUUUGGUUAAGUAAUGAAGAAGUUAUGGGCAUUUGAAGUUUGCCCAGAAACAGGCCGAAACCUUGGCCUAGAAAUGGGUCAACCCGAACCAUUAACCCAAGCUCAUACUUGAACCCAACCCAGAUUUCAAACCGGGUCUUCAAGCCCAAAUCCUUAUAACCCAAAGCCCAAAACCCAUUUAUUUGUUUUAUUUAUCCUUUUUAACUUCCAAACCCAAAGACAAGUGGGCAGGGCUUAAAGCCCAAACCCUUUAAACACUUGGACCCCAACCUUUUAGGCCCAACCCGGUUGACCCAAACCCUUGACCCAUUGACUUUGACCUGAUCUGGCUGUUGACGAGGUCAACGGUCAAUGUUGACUGGACUUUGACCCGAUUUUCUGGUUUCCAUCCGAGACCCCUAUUAGGCUAAUUUCGAUGUCCAAGACCCGUUUUUGACGUCUGUUUUCCCUAAAUUCAAUCGUUUGAGUAUAGUUUUAGUAAUUGUACUCUUUAUGUGCUUAGAUGCAAAUAAUAGCAACAAUUCUGUUAUUUCUAUUUUGUACGGUUGUGCACCAACGAUACAAGGUGAGUGGACUCCAUCUAAAAUGCAUGAAGGGUUGAAUACUUUCUACGAAGACUCUGUUCAUGUGCGAGCUAAUGAACCGUGUAUGAAGGGUUGAAUACUUGACUUAAUUGACUUGCAAUGAUCACCAUAAAAAGGGUAACAUGCAUACGGUAAAUCUUUGCCUGAGCUGCUGAAUUCUUUGUGCAGCCAUGAAUACCAAACCAAACUCAAAGUUCGUGUUCUUCGUUAUUUUAUUAUGUGCAUUUCUCGAGUCCCAUGUUUCCCUUACAGCUGACACCAUCAGCGAAGACCAAUCUCUCUCGGGCGAUCAAACCAUUGUCUCUGCAGGUGGGAUGUUUGAGCUAGGUUUCUUCAAACCAGGUCAGCUUUCAAACUACUAUAUAGGCAUAUGGUACUCCAAGCAAGUGGUAUCUGAGAGGACCGUUGUUUGGGUAGCAAAUAGGGAAAUACCAGUAUCUGAUAGAUUUUCUUCGGUCUUGAGCAUCUUAGAUGGUAAUUUAGUUCUCUUGAACGAGUCCAAAACCCCGGUUUGGUCAACAAAUUUAAACUCCACAACCAAUUCUGGUUCUAUACAAGCAGUUCUCUUGGAUAGCGGAAACCUUGUCCUGAAAGCGGGCUCUAGUAAUAAUACAUCAGAGCCUUUAUGGCAAAGCUUUGAUCAUCCAACCCAUACUUCGCUACCAGGAGGUAAACUUGGAUUCAACAAAGUUAAAAAUCAUACCCAAAGUCUCACUUCAUGGAAGAAUUUGGAGGAUCCUGCACCAGGUCUUUACUCUCUUGUGCUAGCUCCGGAUGAAAGCAAUUCAUAUAUCUUAUUGUGGAAUAGGUCUAGACAGUAUUGGACCACCGGACCAUGGAAUGAAAUUUCGCAUACUUUUAACAUGGUUCCUGAAAUGAGUAUAUUUGAGAUCUGGGCCCUUAAUCUCUUCAAUUAUAGUUAUGUUACGAAUGAGAACGAAAGUUAUUUCACAUAUUCUUCUAACAAUCCUAAAAUUGUAUCUCAAUACUUGUUGUCUGUCUCGGGACAGAUUCAGCUACUAAGGAUGGAGAAUUCCAAGCAGUGGAAAUUGUCUUGGUCUCAACCAAGACAGUGCGAUGUUUAUGCUUAUUGUGGGGCUUUCUCCAGUUGCAAACCCACAUCCUUGAACUACUGCAAAUGUUUGAAGGGCUUUGUGCCAAACCGGCAGAGUGAUUGGGACCUGCAGAUUUAUUCUGGUGGAUGUUCAAGAAGAACCGGUGUGAAGUGUGGGAAUGCUACGGGAGAUGGGUUUCUAAAAGUAAAUAGCGAGUCAUUCCCUGAUAAUAGACAAUAUGAAGGUGCUCUUAGUAUUGAAAGUUGUAGAUCAGCCUGCUUAAAUGAAUGCCAGUGCACUGCUUAUUCCUAUGACCUCAACAAUAAAUGUAUAAUCUGUCAUGGAGAUGUCUUGAAUCUGCAUGAAGUUGAAGCAAAUGACGGUGAUGGAAGAACUUUAUACAUCAGAGCUGCAGCUUCUGAUCUCAAGGGAAAACGUGUUAUUAAGCCGUCCCUUUUGAGUGCAAUAGUCGUAACAAUCAUUGGUUUGAUUGUUGUCAUUUUUGGAUAUUUCUUAUGGAAGAAAACUAUGGGAAAGAAAAGAGAGCAUAAGAAGAACCAUAAUGACCGUAAAAGUAAAUUUGAUGUUGGAGGUGGAGGUGGAAGGGAUGAUGCAGAACUGCCGAUCUUCGGUUUAAGGGCUGUAGUAGCUGCUACAAACAACUUUGCUGAAUCUAAUAAACUCGGGGAGGGAGGAUUUGGCCCUGUUUACAAGGGAAUUCUGGCUGAAAAUCAAGAAGUAGCCAUUAAAAGGUUAUCAAAAAAGUCAGGCCAAGGACACCAGGAGUUCAUGAAUGAGUUAAAACUUAUUGCCAAGCUGCAACAUACCAAUCUCGUUAGGCUCUUGGGUUGCUGUCUUGAAGAUGAGGAAAUGAUAUUGAUCUACGAGUACAUGCCCAAUCGGAGUUUAGACAAACUUUUAUUUGAUGCAUCUGAAAAAAUUGAAUUAAAUUGGGGAAGACGUUUUCGAAUUAUAGAAGGCAUUGCUCAAGGAGUACUUUAUAUUCACAAGUACUCGAGAUUGAAAAUCAUCCACAGGGACCUAAAAGCAAGUAACAUAUUGUUGGAUGGCGCCUUGAACCCCAAAAUUUCAGACUUUGGAAUGGCAAGGAUUUUUGGAAUAAAUCAGACUGAAGCAAAUACAAAUAGGGUUGUUGGCACAUAUGGCUACAUGUCACCCGAGUAUGCGAGAUAUGGUCAUUUCUCUGAGAAAUUAGAUAUAUUCAGCUUCGGAGUGUUGUUGUUGGAGAUUGUAAGCGGAAAGAAGAAUGCUGCUUUUUAUCGCUUUGAACAUUCACCAACUCUUGCUGGAUGGGCAUGGGAGUUAUGGAAAGAUGGAAGAGGAAUGGAGGUGAUUGAUGAAUCGGUAAGGGAAACAUGUCGGCUCGAUGAAGCUUUGAAGUGUAUCCAUGUAGGGUUUUUGUGUGUUCAAGAAGCUCCAGCUGAUCGACCAACAAUGUCUUCAGUAAUUCUUAUGUUGCAAGGCAAUGAAUCUACAUCUCUUCCACCUUCCAAAGAACCUGCCUUUUCAACACACAUAAAUUCCAAUGCUAUUCGCUCUUUUGAAAUGCCUACCAUUUUUUCUCACAACUCAGUCACCAUGAGUUUGCUAGAAGGUCGAUAGGCGUUGGAAGAGCAGUGACUGGCAAGCAGUUGAGAAAAUAGUAUAGUAUAUUAAAAUAAACACCCCGACAACUAGCAGUUUUAUACAAACACUUCGGGUUCAAUUACACAUUAGACUGAGUUGUUUGUGCAUUUUAUAGUUUUUGCCCAUUCAAACUAAACCUAUAAUAGCAGCAAAUUAAAUUCAUGCUAUGUAUUUUUCAGCUGCAAAUGUGGGUGUAACCAUACUUCUAGAUAUGUUCCCACCGCACCCCUUGGUGCAACCGUAUUUAUAUUAAUUUAAAAUAGAAUGUCGCUUGUAUUAAAAGAAUAAAGAGGAGAUUAUUUUACA